AUGGUGCUCUCUUCAAGUCACGCACUGUUGAGUCGCACAUCGUAUUCACAGCGAGCGACAUUGUCAAGUACCGGACUGUCAUCAUGGACCAACACAAGCUUGACACUAUCGCCGUCCAACCCACUCGUUACGCUUGACUACGGAUUCGAGGUAGCUGGGUUCCCAUUCUUCAGCGUAGCUGCUGUUUCCGGACUCGUGCAGAUCGAGGUCAAAUACACUGAGGAAUUUUCCGGGUUGCUUCAACCAUAUUCAGACGGACCGUGGACGUUUUCGAAUGGACUGUCGAACACUUUCCGCGUGGAGACUUUCAACGUCACGAGCACAGGCUAUAUUGAGAGCUUCUUUGUUCAAGGAGGCCAGCGAUGGCAGACCGCAAGGCUGAUAACGAACGGCUCUGUGACGAUCAAUCGCUUGGGAUUUCGCUUAACAAGCUCAAAUGUGAACGUGGAUAAGCUGGCGGGUCACUUGAAGACAUACGACGAGAUUUACGAUCGCGUUUUCGACCUUGGCGGUCGUGUCGUUCAAGCAGCAUGCAUAGACGCAGGGAACGCCCCUUCUACUUGGGAGAUCACAGAUGAUGGGGCGCUCAUUCGAGGUCAGGCUAGUGCUCAGUCGUCCCUCGGAGUUACUGCAUCAAACUACACACUCGAGUUCGAUAUGAAGAUUGUCCGCGGAGGCGCUGGAUGGAGGGUCGCGAGCGCGAUUCAGCCACUCGGACCGUACUUCGUGCUUACGUCCGAGUAUACCGAGCACAACACCUUCGCGAACACCAACCGAACACUCUUGCCUCCCAAUACGUUAGCAUUCAACAGUGGAUGGGGUCUAAUCAAUCAAAGCACGCUAUCUACACCAGAAAACCAGUAUUUUACCGUGAACAAGACCAUCAAGGAGAACACGUGGUACCAUGUGAGCACCACCAUCGAGGCCACCGGCUAUCGAGUCCCUUCUCCAUACGAAGGCACAUGGGGUCUUGGAGGCAUGCAGGACCACAUCACUUACCACAAAGACGUGACUGUCACCGCUAGAAAUGGCAGCAUUGUAUAUUCCAAUUCUCUGACCACCGAAAACACUUUGGCUGAAUAUCAGGUCGCACCUCUUGAUCACUCGGUCUGUCUCGAUGGUGCGAAGCGGGACCGCCUUGUGUGGGCAGGAGACUUCUACCACACUGUGAGGGUCGUCGCGCUCUCUUCUGCUCGAUUUGACUACAUCCUGGGCUCGAUCGAGUACAUACUGAGCUAUCAGCUUGACGAUGGCCCUUACGCUGGUUUUGUGCCAAUCUCUGCCAAUCUCGGAUCUCGCCCCCAGUACAAGGAAGCAAACAUUGCCAACUAUGCCGGACUCGUCGACUAUCAAGACCUGUUCCUUACGGGAGUCGGCGAGUACUUCCGCUAUACUGGCAACGUUGACGCUUUGUCGCCAUACUGGGGGCAAAUCAAGAAGCUUGCGACUGCCAGGCUGUCCUUCAUCGACCUUACCUCUGGCCUUGUUGCAGGUAGUCCCCAGGUUUCAAACCCUUUCAGCUUCCUUGGACCUGCGAACGGGAGCGCGACCACCGGGCUUUUUGCAUACAUGCUCGACAAGAUCGCGCCACUUGCAGAUGCACUCGGAGACGAGGAAGCUUCAACUUUGUACUCGCAAACCGCGUCGCAGUUACGCGAGGCUCUUAACCGAGAGUUGUGGAACGAUCAACUUGGAACAUACUCGCUAUCAACUGCCUCACCAGGCAACUUCUCGCUGACGGGCAUUGCGUGGGCAAUCCUAUCAGGUGCUACGAAUGAUACUCAGGCAGCGUCAUCCAUUGCGAGGCUCGAAGAGCUACGUUUUGCCGUGGGAUUCAAGACCAUCUCUAGUGACGUAGAGACGGACGACUACCAGCUCGCUCCCAACCCAUCAGGCUUUUUGCUAGAAGCUCUGUUCAAGGCUCGCCGCGACUUCGGAGUGAACAGCACAGCUGCCGUCACGCAUCUUCUUGACAACCUAUGGGGUAGCAUGGUCAACAACAACGAGUACUACUCCGGCGCGAGCUGGGAGUAUGUAAAGCCCGAUGGGUCCCCCGGCAUUGACUUAUUCACCAGUCUUGCACACCCGUGGGGUGCGGCGCCUACCUAUGUCUUGCCCGAAUAUCUUCUUGGUGUGGCGCCGACCUCGCCUGGGUACAGGACUGCUAACAUUACGCCUAUGAUUGGGUAUUUGAACUUGCCUAAAGUAAGUGGCAGGGUGCCAACACCGAAUGGGCCAAUUGAGGUAGCAUGGACGGUGGAUGAUACCAGUGUUGACCUUACGAUCGUCAUACCGACGGGCAUAUCAGCUACGCUGCAGCUGCCGUCUGGUAUGCGUGUGGGUGAAAACGACUCGCAUGCUAGUCAGCUAGAGGCUUCUUGUGGAAUGACGCGGUUCAAAUUCGGUUUGCAGUGA